CGGAAGUUCUGGCUGUUUCGGAGUCCCGGAAGAAGCCGGCGGUGUUGCGGUUGCCGGCCGCUGAGUUUGCUGUGGGUCGGCGCGCCUGCGGGGUGAGGCGCCGCUGACCCCGCCGAGGGAGACUCCAGCCGGGUGGCGGCUCCGCUUCCUAUAUGGGCCACUUUCUCUCGCGGAAGGGAGCCAGUCUGAACGCGGAGAGGAGCCGCCGGCGCAGUCGCUCGCUGCGGGGGAAAGUGCCGCCGAGGGUGCGCAACCGGAGCUGCUUCUUGCGAGGGCCCUGCAUGCUCUGUUUCCUCGUCCACGGCGCCAGCUCCUCCGCCCGCCAAGAGCCGCCGCCGCCUGCCCACCGCGGCUCUCCGUCGCCUCCGCCACAGCUCCUGUACGCUGCCCUGAAGGAUCCGGAGGAACGCGCCGCUUGUCGCCUGCUUCGCCUGUCGCCCUUGGCCGCCGCCGCUUGGGAGGCGCGGGGCCGCCGUCGCCGCUGCCGCCGCCUGCUGCUCUCCGGCCUGCUGUUGUCUUCGCCGCCGCCGCCUGCUCCUCCUCCUCCUCCGCGGGGCUUUUUGGGGCCCGCGCUGCAGACUGGCGAGGUCAACGCGGAGAUGGUGUGCAAGCGCAAAGGAGUCGGCUUGCCCGCCUGUCCGCCUUGCAAGCAGCCCCGCUGCGCCCCCGGCACCGGAGUGGGAGCCGAGAGCCCUUCGCCGCCCCCUGAGGCGGCCGACUGCCAGCAGGGCGCUUUGCCCGAGGCGCACCUGUGCCCGCUCCCCUGCGCCUCGGACUGCGCGCAGCUCGAGGCCACGCCCAGGGACCCGGCCGGGGAGGACCGGGGCGGGAAGAGGGGGCCGCCGUCGGAGUCCGCCUCGCCACCGCCUGAGCUGGGCGGGAGAGAGACGCAGGAGUCCCGCGAUCCGGACUGCGAGGAGCCUCCCGAGGACCCUGGCGACUGUUGCCCAGAGCCUCAAUCGCCGUCCCCAGACAUCAACGAACUGCCACCCUCCAUCCUUCUCAAGGUGGGUUGCGGGGCUGGGAGCCCAACUUUGGCCUUUCAGAUAUUUUCCAACUUGUCGUUGAAUGAGCGAUGUCUUUCAGCCUCAUUAGUUUGUAAAUAUUGGCAUGACCUCUGUUUAGAUUUCCAUUUCUGGAAACAGUUGGAUCUCAGCAAUCGUCAGCAGGUCACUGAUGAAUUACUGGAAAAAAUUACAUCAAGAAGUCAGAAUAUAACUGAAAUCAAUAUUUCGGAUUGCCGUAAUAUAUCAGAUACUGGAGUGUGUGUUUUAGCAUUUAAAUGUCCUGGACUUCUAAGGUAUACUGCCUACAGAUGUAAACAGCUGUCAGACACAUCCAUAAUUGCCGUUGCCUCACAGUGCCCUCAACUGCAGAAAGUACAUGUGGGCAAUCAAGACAGACUUACUGAUGAAGGACUCAAGCAGCUGGGCUCCAAAUGCAGAGAACUGAAAGAUAUUCAUUUUGGGCAGUGCUACAAGAUCUCAGAUGAAGGAAUGGUUGUGAUAGCGAAAGGUUGUCUGAAGCUACAACGAAUAUAUAUGCAAGAAAACAAAUUGGUGACAGAUCAAUCUGUUAAAGCAUUUGCUGAACACUGCCCCCAGUUGCAGUAUGUUGGGUUUAUGGGCUGUUCUGUUACAUCUAAAGGAGUCAUACACCUUACCAAUCUAAGAAACCUUUCGAGCUUGGAUCUACGGCAUAUCACAGAACUGGAUAAUGAAACAGUGAUGGAAAUAGUAAAGAGAUGUAAAAAUCUUACCUCCCUCAAUCUCUGUCUGAACUGGAUAAUUAAUGACAGAUGUGUCGAGGUCAUUGCUAAAGAAGGACAGAAUCUGAAAGAGCUGUAUUUGGUGUCCUGUAAAAUUACAGACUAUGCAUUGAUAGCCAUUGGGCGAUACAGUAUGACAAUAGAGACUGUGGAUGUUGGAUGGUGCAAAGAAAUCACAGAUCAGGGAGCCACUCAGAUUGCUCAAAGUAGCAAGUCUCUCAGAUACUUAGGAUUGAUGAGAUGUGACAAGGAGACCCACCUCAAAACCGGAGACGAAAAAUUCAUACAAUGGCGUAAACUAGGUACACUAUUCCACACCAACUACCCCAAAAAAAAGGGGGGAUAGCUAUUUUUGUGAAAAAUACCCUGAAAGCUAAAUUAAUACUAAACGACUCAGAAGCACGAUUUUUGGCAAUUGAGAUCCAACAGGACAAUAAACUCAUACUGGUAGUAGGGAUAUAUGCCCCCAAUACCAAUAAAGCUAACUUCUAUUCAAAAUUAAAUGAUACUUUAUUGGAUCUCAAUUAUGAUCAUUGGAUACUUAUGGGUGACUAUAAUGGGUUUGUAGAUCCAAUCUUAGACAAGAAAUUGGCCAAUUCUAAACCGGCAAAAUUGAAGAAACAGAAACCAACAAAUGGAAAAUUGCCAAAAUCUUUCUUUAAUUUAAUAGAUACACUUAAACUACACGAUAUCUGGAGAGAGAAAGAACUUAAUGGCCGGGGAUAUACAUUCUUCUCAGGCCGCCAUGGGGGACACUCCAGGCUGGAUAUGAUCUGGGCCUCUGGCUUCCUCUGUAACAAAACAAAAAAAAUUGACAUAUUACCGAGAAUUCUCUCAGAUCACAACCCAGUUAGCUGGGAACUAUCAGAAACCAAACAUACACACCACUGGAGACUUAAAGAAUGGUUGAUCAAAGACAAGAAAUUCCAGGAAAAAAUUUCUAACACUUUGGAAGAUUACUGGAAAAAUAAUAUUACAUGCGGGAUAGAUAAGAAUACAAUUUGGGAUGCUCACAAAGCAGUUAUUAGAGGAGAAAUAAUUACAUAUGAAAUAAAAAAAGAAAAGAAAGGAGGGAAAACCAACUACGAUUAGAAUCAGAGGUAAGGAAAUUAGAAUAAAGCUUACAAGAUAAAGACAAACCUAAGAAAAAUAUCCUAAAUAAAAUUAAAAUAAUAAAAUCCCAAUUGGAACAACUAAGAAUAAUAGAAAUUACAAAUAAGAUAAAGUACCUGAAACAAAGAGAAUUCUAUAAUGCAAACAAGCCUGGCAAAUGGUUAACAGCUCAAAUAAGAGAAAAUACCGAAAGAAAUAUUAUAACACAAAUUAAAAAUAAAGACAAGAUCAUAACAAAUGGCAAAGAAAUAGAACAGAUAAUUGGGGAACACUACCAAAACCUUUACAAGGAAGAAAAAGUUAAAAUAAGGAAAAUACAAAAUUACAUAAAAGAUAAAGCUUUUAAUAAACUAACAGAUGAACAACAAAAGAUGUUAAAUCAACCAAUUUCAAAAGAUGAGAUAGUAAGAACUAUAUCAAUACUGAAGAAUAAUAAAGCGCCAGGGCCAGAUGGCUACUCAGCCAUUUACUAUAAAACUUUUGAUCAACAAUUAACUCCAUACUUAACAGACAUAUUUAACGAUAUAAUGACAGGGGGUAAUAUACCUAAAACAUGGCAA